CUCACUUUCUCUUUUUUUGUCUUCUCCGUGUUGUUUUUUUGGCGCCUCAGCUGAAGUCUGCCGCGAAACCUCAGCUGCUAUCCCGCGUCUCUUCUCCUCUCGUGGCACGCUCGGCUUCCCGCCAUGCUCCUCUCACGCCAGGUGGAGCCCUCCUGCGUUGAGGACUUGGAGGCGGCCGAGGCACUCGUCAGCAUGAGCUUCUGGGGUCAGAGGUCGCCUGAGCCCCGCCCACUGACACCCACCUCUGACUCCUGUGACUCGAUGGCGCUGCACCCAGAGGGUGGGGACUCGUCCAAGGACCUGGUGGCGCUGUCCUCGCUGUGCAUGACGCCGCCUCAAAGUCCGAGCUUUGCCGAGGCUGGUGCUGCCCCCAACGCCUCCAAAGACUCCGCCUUGACCUCGAUGCUUCCACACGACGUGGUGACCGGCAGAGCGAUGGCGACCAGCGUCAUCCGCCACACUGCUGACAGCCUCAGCACUCAGAGGCUGCCGCCCCCUGCUGCCCCACCCACACAAGGUCCCACUCCGCUUCCAGACGGCAAGCGGGAGAAGCAAGCACCGCCUCCUCUCGCCACCUCAGCAUCUUCCUCACCGCCGCCUCCGGCCUCGCCGCUCCUCUGCCAGGUCUUCCCCCUUAGCGGGCAGCCGAGGAUGAUCUCGGCCCUGGUUCCGGGCACCGCCCAGUCCCUCUUGUCUCAGCCAGUGCUGGUGGGCUCGGCCGUGCCGCCGGGCGCCGUCAUGUUGGUGGUCCCGCCCGUGUCUCAGCCACUGACAGGCCCACAGACUGUCAUGACGCUGGGCAACACGAAGCUCCUCCCCCUGGCCCCCGCCCCGGUCUAUGUGUCCUCAGGCGCUAGUGGGGCUGCCUCGCUGGAUUUCUCCCGCAGAAGGAACUACGUGUGUGACUUCCCGGGAUGCAAGAAGACGUACUUCAAGAGCUCGCACCUCAAAGCUCACCUGCGCACACACACAGGUGAGAAGCCGUUCAGCUGUCGCUGGGAAGGCUGCGACAAGAAGUUUGCGCGCUCCGAUGAAUUGUCCCGCCACCGCAGGACACACACUGGCGAGAAGAAGUUUGUUUGCAGCGUGUGCGAGCGCCGCUUCAUGCGCAGCGACCACCUGACCAAACACACACGCCGACACACCAGCGCCAAGAGAGCAUCCUCGUGGCCUCUCGAGGUCAACAAAGGUCAAAACAGAGGGUCCGCCCUUCCCACAAAAAACUAAAAGAGGGCGGAGCAAGAGCCACUGGACAUGCUUUGAAUCAGCCCCGCCUCUUUUCUAUUCCAACUUGAGCGUUUACUUCCAAAGUCAACUUAUCACCUUUUAGCUCAGAUGGGCUAACGUUAGCAUCAUCGCACACUCCCUUUUCUACUGUCUCAGCUGACGCUAAUAGUAGCUCUGUUUACUUGGUUAGCUAGCUAACGAAAGGACAAAUGAACACACUAUGUUUAUGAAGCUAGUAUGCUACUGUUAGCAUGUAGGAUGGCUCAUUGAGGUCAUGUAGACAAGACAAACACAACAAGCAGUUUUCUCACCUCGCUCAGGAUUUUUACAACAGCAACUUGUUGAAUGACAAGAUGGCUGCUAUUUAUUCACAGACACAAGCAAACAAUAAACGUGACAUUGCACUACAUUUUUGUAAGAUCAUUUAUGUAUACAUCCAGUAUAUGUACGGACAUGUUUACUUAAUGUAUAAAUGUUUCCAUCUUUGA